CCUGUUUUUAGAGGAGUGAGUCUCCAUCCCUCAGCACCUCCCGGUCGAUGGUCGUAGAGGAAGCUUCCAUCUUGAGCAGCGCUUCUACAGUCGGAACCAUGGCGAGCGACUCCCCGGCGCGGAGUCUGGAUGAGAUAGACCUGUCUGCACUACGGGACCCAGCUGGGAUCUUUGAGCUGGUCGAACUGGUUGGAAAUGGCACCUAUGGACAGGUCUACAAGGGUCGCCAUGUCAAAACAGGCCAGCUUGCUGCUAUCAAGGUCAUGGACGUUACUGGAGAUGAGGAAGAGGAGAUUAAAGCAGAGAUUAAUAUGCUGAAGAAGUACAGUCACCACAGAAAUAUUGCAACCUAUUAUGGUGCUUUUAUCAAGAAAAACCCUCCUGGAAUGGAUGACCAGCUAUGGCUGGUGAUGGAGUUCUGUGGGGCCGGAUCGGUGACGGACCUGAUCAAAAACACCAAAGGGAAUUCUUUGAAGGAGGAGUGGAUCGCCUACAUCUGCAGGGAGAUACUUAGGGGCUUAACCCAUCUCCACCAGCACAAAGUCAUCCACAGGGACAUAAAGGGCCAGAAUGUGCUACUGACUGAGAACGCAGAAGUUAAACUGGUGGAUUUUGGUGUGAGUGCCCAGCUGGACCGCACGGUGGGGAGAAGGAACACAUUUAUCGGGACGCCGUACUGGAUGGCCCCCGAGGUCAUCGCCUGUGACGAGAACCCUGACGCCACAUACGACUUCAAGAGUGAUCUGUGGUCGCUCGGCAUUACAGCCAUAGAGAUGGCAGAGGGAGCACCACCCCUGUGCGACAUGCAUCCAAUGAGAGCGCUCUUCCUCAUCCCCAGAAACCCUGCUCCCAGGCUUAAGUCAAAGAAGUGGUCGAAAAAGUUCCAGUCGUUCAUAGAUAGCUGUUUGGUGAAGAGCCACAGCCAGCGACCGAGCACCGAGCAGCUCCUCAAACACCCGUUUAUCAGAGACCUUCCCAACGAGCGGCAGGUCCGGAUCCAGCUAAAGGACCACAUUGACCGAACCAAGAAGAGGAGAGGAGAGAGGGAUGAAACAGAAUAUGAGUACAGUGGUAGUGAGGAAGAGGAUGAAGAGAGGGAUAUCGGAGAGCCCAGCUCAAUCAUCAACAUUCCCGGGGAGUCCACUCUCAGACGGGACUUCCUGCGCCUCCAGCUGGCCAAUAAGGAGCGAUCGGAGCUGAUCCGGCGUCAGCAACUUGAGCAGCAGCAGAACGAAGAGCACAAGCGCCAACUACUGGCUGAGAGGCAGAAACGCAUCGAGGAGCAGAAGGAGCAGCGGCGACGGCUGGAAGAGCAACAGCGUCGAGAGCGGGAGAUGAGGAAGCAGCAGGAGCGGGAACAAAGGAGGAGGUAUGAGGAGAUGGAACAGCUCCGGCGGGAGGAGGAGAGGAGGCACGCAGAGAGAGAACAGGAGUAUAUCCGUAGACAGCUGGAGGAGGAGCAGAGGCAGCUGGAGAUCCUGCAACAGCAGCUUCUGCAAGAGCAAGCUUUACUGCUGGAGUACAAGAGGAAGCAGAUUGAGGAGCAGCGGCAGGCGGAGCGGCUGCAGAGGCAGCUGCAGCAGGAGCGGGCCUACCUGGUGUCUCUGCAGCAGCAGCAGCAGGAGCCUCCGCGGCCGCCACAGGACAAGAAGCAGCUUUACCACUACAAGGAUCAGGCGCCAAGCAGCAACGACAAGCCAGCCUGGGCCAAAGAGGUGAUGCGACGAGCUCAGAGCAAUUCACCUCGCAUCCCCCCAAAGAAGUAUCACUCCUUCAAAGAGAAGCGGGAAGUCAACCUGGACAACCUCCUCCUGCUGCCUGGUUACAGGCCUCCCCGGCCCCGCCCCCCUUCUUACCCUGCUCAUGUCAGCCCCUCCAGGGACAACCUGCAUGUACCCAGAAUCAGGAUCACCUGCCUACCCGAGGAGAAUUAUUCAGACCCACCCAUGAGGAGGGAGAGUCCCGGCAGGAGCCCCGUGAGGUGCCCUGACUCCAGGGGCCGCAGCCCCGCCCGCCGGGUGGAGGAACAUUAUAAGAUGAACAGACAGGAUUCUCCUGCAUUGCAGCAUAAAGUCUCCAACCGGAUCUCGGACCCAUCCUUGCCGCCCCGCUCUGAGUCCUUUAGCAGUGGAGGAAUCCAGCAGGCCAGGACUCCACCCAUGCACCGCUCCGUAGAACCGCAGAUGGCCCACCUGGUGCAGGUGAGGAGUCACGGCCUGUCAGGCUCCCAGUCCCUGUACGACCCCCACGGCGUGUCCUCCACCUCCGCGUCGCCCUCCCCCUCCCGGCCUCCCAUGCCCCGGCAGAACUCCGACCCCACGUCCGACACCCCUCCUCCCCCGCCACUGUCCCGCCUGGCACCCCCCCUCGACAAACUGGACCGCAGCUCGUGGCUGCGACAGGAUGACGACAUGCCGCCCAAGGUUCCUCAAAGGACCACUUCCAUUUCGCCUGCCUUGGUCCGUAAGAACUCUCCUGGAAACGGUCCUGGACUCGGUCCGCGGGCUGGAGCUCACCUCAUCCGGGCCAGCAACCCUGACCUGCGGAGGACUGAUAUUUCCAUGGAUACGCCUCUGAAGAGGACGAGCAGCGGCAGCUCUUCCAGCUCCAGCACCCCCAGCUCCCAGGGAGGCUCCAACGAACGAGGUAAUUCUGCUGCUAAAACCGACGGCUCCACGCUUUCCUCCCACGACACCAAAGACGACAGCAGAGAGCUGACUCGGCCCAGCAGGCCUGCAAGUUAUAAAAAAGCUUUAGACGAGGAGGAGUUGGACCUGACGGCUCUGGCCAAAGAGCUGAGGGAGCUGCGGCAGGGAGAGGAGACCAGCCGUCCGCCCGUCAAAGUGACCGACUACUCCUCCUCCAGCGAGGAGUCCCACAGCAGUGAGGAUGAGGAGGGAGAGGGCAGAUCUAAUGAUGGUUCGGUUGCCGUUAGCGAUAUACCACGCAUCAUGCCUCCAGCAAGUCAAAGCACCAACGAGUCCUUCGGUGAGGUCGGAGGUGAAAACGACAGCCACAGCGACUCGUAUGGAGACAGCUCCCAGGACAACACGCUCAUGAUGAGAGAGUACGGGAUGGGAGGCAGCGGAGGCUCCAAGGCUUCCUUCACCCCGUUUGUCGAUCCCAGGGUGUACGGCACCUCUCCGACUGACGAUGACGAGAAGAGCUCUGCUGCAGCUCUGUUUGCCGACGAGCUGCUGAAACAGGAGCAGGAGCAGGCGAGGCUCAACGAGGCCAGGAAGAUCUCUGUGGUCAACGUGAACCCGACCAACAUCCGGCCGCACAGCGACACGCCCGAGAUCCGAAAAUACAAGAAGCGGUUCAACUCUGAGAUCCUCUGCGCUGCUCUGUGGGGAGUGAAUCUGCUGGUGGGGACAGAGAACGGCCUGAUGCUGCUGGACCGAAGCGGCCAGGGCAAAGUUUACAACCUGAUCAAUCGAAGGCGCUUCCAACAGAUGGACGUUCUGGAGGGACUCAAUGUUUUAGUCACCAUCUCAGGGAAGAAGAACAAGCUCCGAGUUUACUACCUGUCCUGGCUGAGGAACAGGAUAUUACACAACGACCCCGAGGUGGAGAAGAAGCAGGGCUGGAUCACAGUGGGGGAGCUGGAGGGCUGUGUGCACUAUAAAGUUGUGAAAUACGAGAGGAUUAAAUUCCUGGUGAUUGCUCUGAAGAACUCAGUGGAAAUCUACGCCUGGGCACCAAAACCUUAUCAUAAAUUUAUGGCCUUUAAGUCUUUUACAGAUCUUCAACAUCGCCCCCUGCUGGUAGAUUUAACCGUGGAAGAGGGCCAGCGGUUAAAGGUCAUCUAUGGCUCCACUGUUGGUUUCCAUGUGAUAGAUGUGGACUCUGGAAACCCGUAUGACAUAUACAUCCCCUCACAUAUUCAGGGUCAGGUUACCCCACACGCCAUCGUGGUCCUGCCCAAGACGGACGGCAUGGAGAUGCUGCUGUGCUACGAGGAUGAGGGCGUCUACGUCAACACCUAUGGGCGUAUCACCAAAGACGUGGUGCUGCAGUGGGGCGAGAUGCCCACAUCUGUGGCCUACAUCCACUCCAACCAGAUCAUGGGCUGGGGGGAGAAGGCCAUUGAGAUCCGGUCCGUGGAGACGGGACACCUCGAUGGAGUUUUCAUGCACAAGCGAGCUCAGCGACUCAAGUUCCUGACAGAGAGGAAUGACAAAGUCUUCUUUGCCUCGGUUCGCUCGGGAGGCAGCAGUCAAGUUUUCUUCAUGACCCUGAACAGAAGCUCCAUGAUGAACUGGUAACCCGCCUCCUUCUUGGAACCACCACCCUUUUGCAAGAGGGAUGACAGGAGGACAGUGUCCGUGCGUGUUUAUAUGUGUGUGUGUACUCA